AUGAAGACUGAGAAGAAGCCCAGCGAGCCCAGCUGUGUGCCGCCCGUGGUCGUUAAGGAGGACCCGGAGCCCGACAGGAUCAAGAUCAAGGAGGAGUCGGCUACCGGCAACACCGAUGAAACCCCCGGUAACGACAGUGCCGAGCACUGUUUGAAGGAUGCGGCCCUUGAGGCUGCAGCCAGUGCCGUUGAUGGGACCAUGCCUCCAGACAAUCAGAAUGGAAAUACUAAUCAAGCAUUGCUCAAUCCCAAAAAAGAGGAAACGGAUCCUAUUCUAUCCAACGAGGAGUUACCUCCUGUUGAUAUGCCACCAAAUCUGGGAUUAUCUAAUGAUUCCUUGCAACCAUUAGUCAGCAACGUAUUGGGUAAACAAAUGGGUGGUGGUCCGGACAUCAGUGAUGCACAAUAUAUGCAACAACACAACACAGUAUUUGUUUUUUCAACGAAAAUGGCCAAUCAGGGUGCCGAAUCGGUUAUGCGAGGCGAGUUUCCAACUAUGAUUGCAUACCACAUGGCACAGCCAGGAACGAAAAAGAUUUUGGAGAAAUUUCCGCAAAAAAUGACAAACUUCCCGCUAAAUCCACAUCAGUGGAUAAAUAAUUUUGCUGAUAUAAAGCAGAAAGGUCAUCCACCAAAUCCAAAUAUGGGAUUUCCUGGAGAGCAACCUCUUGAUCUUCCUCCGUUAGAUCCAAGCAAGUCGGCAUUUUGGAAUGAACCGUCAAAUAUGUGCAACUUGAAUGGCAGUAACCCUUUAGGAAACCCCGAAUCAUUAGAUGAUAAAAACGUUAAUGUGCCUUGCCUUGUGCCCAACUCCCCUUGUAAUGCAGCUAAUCCUCAGUCUCUCGGCGUCGGUGCACCGAUGGGCCACAGUCCAAAUUUGAUGGGAGGCACGACUAGUCCAGGUCCUGGAGGUGUGCAGCCUUCGUUACAGGGCGUCAAAGUGCCGGAUGAAAAUCUGACACCGCAACAACGAGCUCAUCGAGAAGAGUCACUGGCUACUAUUACGAAAAUGCGUCAAAUGCUCUUUCCAGAGCAAAAAGAAAUACCCGGUGGGCCUAUGGAUCCAACACACGGUCAAAUGCCGGGAGGACUUUGUCCAACGGGUAGUCUUCCACCCGUCAGUGGCCCAAAUCAAUGCGGGAUGGUGAUGGAUUGGCAAAAGUUUUUGGAUGGAAAGAAUAAGGUCGGCGUCAACAGUCCAGGAGUGCCACCAAUGCGCGUAGCCGGCGGCGGAAUAGUCGGCACGGGUGGAGGACCAGGCAAUGUGAAUCCAGGGCCUACACCAGGUGGUCCUGGUCCUGGGCCUGGUGGGGGUAUUCCCAGUUCCGUCGUUUCUGGAAAUGGACCUCGUAGCCAAGGCCCACCACCUCCGUACCAUCAAACAACAAGGUCGGCGAGCGUACCGAUUGCCAUACAGAGUCCCAACCCCUCAUCGCCAAACAACCCCACGAGUAAUCUGUCACUACCGUCGCCUCGGGCAAGCUCGGCUCUUAACUCGCCAGCGGACUGUAAUCGACAGUUUCAGUUAGGUGGCACGCCCACAGGUGGACCAAGGCCCGGUGGACCAGGACACUUGCCCGGUCAGAGUCCAACGAGUCAGGACUCGCCGAAUCCAUCGGCGGUUGGUGCCAACAGACUGAAUCACAGCAAUCCUGGUACGCCCGUGUCGCAUCAACACCUGGCCGCCCUCAGCCCCAGCGGUACGCCACAAAAGGAUCUGACGUCACUUGACUUUCCUACUAAUCAGCCGCCAAACGUGGAUGGAAUGUUCUGCCGAUCGUUGCAAUCGUUAGCGCAACAGAAGCAGCAACUCGGUCCCGGCGUUGUAAAUCAAGUUGGCGUUAAAGAGUUAAUGCCCGUGCCGAGUCCUCAACAAAUAUCGUAUCUCAAUACGUUCGAGGGUCAAGAGCUUACAAUACAAAAACAACCAAACACUAGUUUAAAAGAUGGAAGUUUACCUGCCAAUACUCAAGGCAAUAAUAACCCAGCAAUGGGUAACCAGAUGCUGACCGGCAACCUGGACACGAGCAGUUGCGCAGGAGGUUCGGGGGCACCGAGCAGUAAUCAAUUUGGCGUUGCAAGAUCCGAUGGCGCGAGUCCAUCGAUCGAGAGUGCGAAUCGAAGUGGUUUUGGCUCGAUGCAUAGUCCGCACACGCCACACACGCCAGGAAGCGUGGCGCCCCACACGCCCGUCGACGCGGGAAAGCAGUCCGGCAAUAAGUCUCAAAGCGCUCAGAGCAGUCCGGCUUCGCACAAUGCCAGUCUCACGGACAUGGGUAUAGGCAUGGGUCCGCCUCGUACGAUUCCUGCCUCACCCAAUACAAAAUCUGAAACCUCGCCGUCCUCCAAGGAUCUUCAACAGCAACAGCAGCAGGCGCAACAACAACAGCAACAACAACAACAACAACAACAACAGUCUCAGCAGUCAACCAGCAUGUCGGGAAUGAUGCCCGGACAGCCGGGUAACGUUCCAGGGGGUAUGAUGCCGUCGAUGGGAGUUGGUGGUCCAGGUGGCAAUGUUCCGUUUGGCUGUGGUGGUGGUGGUAGACCCAUGACUAAUGUCAGUCAACCCAACGAAAACAUACCCUUAAACCCCAAUAAUAUCAGUAAUCGGCUCGGCGGUCUCGGUGGCCCCAUGUCUGCCAACAGCUUCGAUCCAAUCACUUCGCUAGCGCAAAUGAGCCAGCAGUUGACGAACACCGCAACUAGCAACGCUCUUGGUAACGAUGGUUCGCCGAUGCACACACCUGGUGCUGUUCAGGGGGGCAUGAUGCCUUUCACCAACCCACAUAGCAUGCACAUGAUGCAGCCAAUGCCACAACAGCAAGCACCUACCGGUCCUCAGCAGCAGCAGCAGCAGCAGCAAGUGAACGAGAUGAACGGUGGAUGCCACAUGCCCAGUGCUUCUGGCAUCCCAACGAGUGAGUCUGCUGAUGUGUCGAGCUUGUGCAUGGGUCUCGGUGGUCCGAACAGUAGUUACAGUCCUAAUCCGCACGCCGGAAGUCCCGGGAUGCCAAACAAAAUGGGCCAACACAACCACCCGAUGAUGUCGCAGGGGAUGAUGAGCGGUGGCGGCCCUCAAGGUCCCGGCUGCAAUCCCAACGUUAACCAGGGUAUCAAUCAGCCGGGUGGCUUUAACUCAGGACCUGGGUCUGGCAUGAUGGGCCCCGAGGGUCCGCAGUCCCGCAUGGGAAUACCUGGUCAGCAGCUUCCGCACCACCAGCAGCCUCAUCAUCAGCACGUCCACGGCUCCAGUCCGUACAAUGGUGCCAACGUUCAAGUAAAACCAAGUGCGCCCAACACGAUUCAGUACUUACCGGCGAGGCCGAACGUCGGCCACGCGCCCCGUGGUCCACCCAGCCUUGAAUUUCUGCAGCGCUUCGCCAACCCCAUGCCUGGCAUGGAUGCCAAGAUGAGUUCGCCUUCUGUAAAUUUGCAGUACUUUCCCAACGGCUGCGUGCCAAACAACAUGGGACCGGGACCUGGACCUCAGAGUCAGCAUGGGCCCAUGGGUGGAGCAGGACCGGGUGGCAUGCCUCCCGGGAUGAGCGGCAACGUGAAUCAGUCUGGUAUGGGUCCCGGCCAAUCGCAAGGCCCUAUGCACCCGUCCAUGAGGUCCGGAGGGGGCCCUGGGUCGCAAGGUCCAGGAGUCCGCCAGCAACCCAACAUCAUGCGGAUGCAACACAUGGUCGCGGGAGGCAGCAUGGUCUUCCCCAACAGUCCAAUGGAUCCAGACAAGGUGUUUCCUCCAGAUAUGGGUCCCGGUGGAAUGCCACAGAUGCCUGGCCAAACGGCUAGCCCAGGCAUGUACGGUGGCCCCAUGGGACCUGGACAGAAGCAGCCGGGUGCCAUGGGUCAAUCACCACCCGACGCAUCGCAACCGCUACCACCGAGCAUGGGAGGAUCUGGGGCUGGCACUAAUUUCAAAAACAGCCCUUUUAUGGGUGGUGGUCCGAGCAUGUCUGACCCUAAUUAUGCACAGCAGUAUCACAACUUCCAGCAGCAACUUUAUGCAACGGGCACGAGAGGAAGCGGGCCUCAGGGCCAUCCGGCCAUGCAUAAUCAGCCCAAUGCACAUCAACAAUUCUUCAUGCCUAAAUAGACUAACAGCGUUAGCCGAUGAAGAACUCCCAAGUCUAGAGAAGGAAAAUCCAAAAGAAAAGGUCUGGCUUUCGUGUGCGAGCGCGUCCCCUCACCUUCUCGAGCUCUGGAGGUCGCGAGCACCGUGUCGAAAUAAGUCGAGGCUUGUUUUUUUUCCCCUCCCUUUCCCGCAUUAUUUGCGUACUUUUUUACGAGUCAUUUCUCACGAGGCGUUGUUACGUGCUCAUGGCGACGUGUCGGUUUGUACUUGAUUCGCGUUAAACACGUCGGCAGAGCUGAAAUUAUGAAUAAAUAGAGGUGCUUCCUUGAUGAACGGCUAGAAAGGAAUCUCUUUUCCCGUCGCGAAUUUCAAUUAACAGAUACUCUUCAAUUAAAAUAAGAAGAAAAAAUCCGGAAAAUGCGCUGGUACUGCGAUUUGUGUGAAAGUUUGAAAGUGAAGAUAAUGUGUAUUUGCGAGAGUGAGUUGAACAAAAAAA